CAGAACGGAGAAGAAGCAGAGAGUGAGUGAGGCGGCGAAUUUGGUUGUUCGGCUGCGCCACACGUUUUUCAAUUCAUUUGCGCGGUAAGUGAUAUAAAUCGAGAAGAAAACAAGCUAGCUUGAUUGUUUUUGUAACAGCGAGUGUGAUAACUUCAAAACUUGAUAAAAUUCCACAAAAAGCAAUCAAAAUAAAGUCAAGCGCGUCUCAAUUCAAAAAGAAGAAAACGUGCUCCCCCACAACCACAAGUGCAAGUGCAACAGAGUGGGUUUACAGUUAGUGUGAGUGUUACAGGGAAUCCAAGAUGCUGAACGAAACCACGGAAUGUUAUCUGGUUCUGGAGGAUGGCACUGUCAUGGCCGGCAAUGCCUUCGGCUACGUGCCCUCGAACCCAUCCGGCGGAGAUGCUGUGGCCGGCAUCGGCGGCGAAGUGGUCUUCCAAACGGGCAUGGUCGGAUAUACAGAAGCCCUCACCGAUCGCUCCUACAGCGGCCAGAUCCUGGUGCUGACCUAUCCACUGAUUGGCAACUAUGGUGUCCCGGCGCCCGAGGAGGACGAGCACGGCCUACCGCUGCACUUUGAGUGGAUGAAGGGCGCUGUCCAGGCCACGGGCCUAGUCGUAGGCGAUGUGGCCGUCAGUGCCUGGCACUGGCGCCUCUGGAAGACGCUGCCCGAUUGGCUGAAGAUGCACAAGGUGCCUGGAAUCAGUGGCAUCGAUACCCGAGCCCUCACCAAGAAGCUUCGCGAGCAGGGCAGCAUGCUGGGCAAGAUUGUUUACGAAAAGCCGCCGGUCCAGGGUCUGGAGAAGUCCAGUUUUGUGGAUCCCAAUCUCAGGAAUCUGGCCAGAGAGUGCAGUGUCCAGCAGAGGAAGGUUUUCGGAGAUCCUAAUGGAUCUGGUCCGCGCAUCGCCAUCCUGGAUUGCGGCCUCAAACUGAAUCAGCUGCGGUGUCUGUUGCAGCGGGGUGCUUCGGUUACCCUGCUCCCGUGGAGCGCCAACCUGGAGGAGGAACAGUUCGACGCCCUCUUCCUGUCCAACGGACCCGGUAAUCCCGAGAGCUGUGAUGAGAUCAUCCAGCAGGUUCGGAAGGUGCUGAAGAAUGGAACGAAACCCAUUUUUGGCAUCUGCCUGGGCCACCAGCUCCUGGCGAAGGCCAUCGGCUGCUCCACCUACAAGAUGAAGUACGGCAACCGUGGUCACAACCUGCCCUGCCUGCACCGGGCCACAGGACGCUGCCUGAUGACCUCGCAGAAUCAUGGAUAUGCCGUCGAUCUCCAACAACUCCCCCAGGAUUGGUCCGAACUGUUUGUGAAUGCCAACGAUGGCACUAACGAGGGCAUCGUCCAUGCCACCAAGCCCUAUUUUUCGGUUCAGUUCCAUCCGGAGCAUCAUGCCGGACCGCAGGAUACGGAGUUCUUGUUCGACGUCUUCUUGGAGAGCAUCAAACGCCAGGAUGUGACCAUUGCUCAGUUGAUUGAGCCGCAUCUGAAGCCGGCGAGGAUUGCCGACCAGCCGUCGGUGGUGAAGCCGCGAAAGGUCCUGAUCCUGGGCUCGGGCGGUCUGUCCAUUGGCCAGGCUGGCGAGUUCGACUAUUCGGGAUCGCAGGCCAUCAAGGCGAUGCGGGAAUCGAAUAUCCAGACGGUGCUCAUCAACCCAAACAUAGCCACCGUCCAGACCUCGAAGGGGAUGGCGGACAAGUGCUACUUCCUGCCCCUGACGCCGCACUACGUCGAGCAGGUGAUCAAGUCGGAGAGGCCCAAUGGAGUGCUCCUGACGUUCGGCGGGCAGACCGCCCUCAACUGCGGCGUGGAGCUGGAGCGAGCCGGUGUCUUCGCCAAGUACAAUGUACGGAUUCUGGGCACACCCAUUCAGUCCAUCAUCGAGACGGAGGACAGGAAACUGUUUGCCGAUCGCGUCAACGAGAUUGGCGAGCAAGUGGCGCCCUCGGAAGCGGUCUACUCCGUGGCGGAGGCCCUGGAGGCGGCCAGUCGUCUGGGCUAUCCUGUGAUGGCCAGAGCUGCCUUCUCUCUCGGCGGAUUGGGUUCCGGCUUCGCCAACAAUGAGCAGGAGCUCCAGAGCCUGGCCCAGCAGGCCCUGGCCCAUUCCAGUCAACUGAUCGUGGACAAGUCGCUCAAGGGCUGGAAGGAGGUGGAGUACGAGGUGGUUCGCGACGCCUACGACAAUUGCAUCACGGUCUGCAACAUGGAGAACUUUGAUCCCCUGGGCAUACACACCGGGGAGAGUAUAGUGGUGGCCCCAUCCCAGACACUCUCGGAUCGGGAGUACCAGAUGCUGCGGAGUACCGCCCUGAAGGUUAUCCGGCACUUUGGCGUCGUCGGAGAGUGCAAUAUCCAGUACGCUCUGUGCCCGCACUCGGAGCAGUACUACAUCAUCGAGGUGAACGCCCGUCUGUCGAGGAGCUCCGCCUUGGCCAGCAAGGCUACCGGCUAUCCCCUGGCGUAUGUGGCCGCCAAGCUGGCCCUGGGACUGCCCCUGCCGGAGAUUCGCAACUCGGUGACGGGGAAUACGACGGCCUGCUUCGAGCCAUCGCUGGAUUACUGUGUGGUGAAGAUACCGCGCUGGGACCUGGCCAAGUUCGUGAGGGUCAGCAAGCACAUCGGCAGCUCCAUGAAGAGUGUCGGCGAGGUGAUGGCGAUUGGACGCAACUUCGAGGAGGCCUUCCAGAAGGCGCUGCGCAUGGUGGACAGCGAUGUGCUCGGCUUCGAUGCCGGCGUCCUGUCGGUGGACGAGGAUCAGUUGGCCGAGCAGCUGUCGGAGCCGACGGACAGAAGGCCUUUCGUCCUGGCCGCUGCCCUGGAAAAGGGACUGGACAUCCAGAAGCUGCAUGAUUUGACGAAAAUCGACUGCUGGUUCCUGGACAAGCUGGAGAGGAUCAUCACGAUGAACACGGAGCUGAAGCGUCGCAGCAAUGAACAGAGGGCUGACCUGCUGCUGGAGGCCAAGCGCCUGGGUUUCUCCGACAAGCAGAUAGCGAAGGCCUUCAAGAGCACGGAACUGGCCGUCCGGCACCUGCGGCAGGAGCUCGGCAUCCGGCCGCACGUCAAACAGAUCGACACCGUGGCCGGCGAGUGGCCGGCUAGCACCAAUUACCUGUACAACACGUACUCUGGGUCGGAGCACGAUGUGGACUUCCCCGGCGGGCAUACCAUUGUCGUGGGCUCGGGCGUCUACAGGAUCGGCUCGUCCGUGGAGUUCGAUUGGUGUGCCGUGGGGUGUCUGAAGGAGUUGAGGAAACUGCAGCGACCCACCAUCAUGAUCAACUACAAUCCGGAGACCGUCUCCACGGACUACGACAUGUGCGAUCGGCUGUACUUCGAGGAGAUCAGCUUCGAGGUGGUCAUGGACAUCUACGAGAUGGAGUCCAGCGACGGCAUCAUCCUCUCGAUGGGCGGCCAGCUGCCGAACAACAUUGCCAUGGACCUGCAUCGUCAGCAGGCCAAGGUACUGGGCACUUCCCCGGAGUCCAUCGACACGGCGGAGAACCGGUUCAAGUUCUCCCGUAUGCUGGAUAGGAAGGGCAUCCUGCAGCCGCGCUGGAAGGAGCUGACCAACCUCCAGUCGGCCAUCGAGUUCUGCGAGGAGGUCGGCUAUCCCUGUUUGGUGAGGCCGUCGUACGUCCUGUCCGGCGCUGCCAUGAAUGUGGCCUAUUCGAAUCAGGAUCUGGAAACGUAUCUGAACGCCGCCUCCGAGGUGAGUCGGGAGCAUCCGGUGGUCAUCUCCAAGUUCCUAACCGAGGCCAAGGAGAUCGAUGUGGAUGCGGUGGCCGCCGAUGGCCAGAUCCUUUGCAUGGCCGUCUCCGAGCAUGUGGAGAAUGCCGGCGUUCAUUCCGGUGAUGCUACUCUGGUGACUCCGCCCCAGGAUCUCAAUCCGGAGACCUUGGAGGCCAUUAAGCGGAUUACCUGCGACCUGGCCAGUGUCCUGGAUGUGACAGGACCCUUCAACAUGCAGCUCAUCGCCAAGAACAACGAACUGAAGGUCAUCGAGUGCAAUGUCCGUGUCUCCAGGUCCUUCCCGUUCGUCUCCAAGACGCUCGAUCAUGAUUUCGUGGCGACGGCCACCCGGGCGAUUGUCGGACUGGACGUGGAGCCCACGGAUGUCCUGCACGGCGUGGGCAAGGUGGGUGUCAAGGUGCCCCAGUUCAGCUUCUCCCGGCUGGCCGGCGCCGAUGUCCAGCUGGGCGUGGAGAUGGCCUCCACCGGCGAGGUGGCCUGCUUCGGCGACAACCGAUACGAGGCCUACCUGAAGGCCAUGAUGUCCACUGGCUUCCAGAUACCCAAGAACGCCGUCCUCCUUUCGAUUGGCAGUUUCAAGCACAAAAUGGAGCUCUUGCCUUCCAUCCGGGAUCUGGCCAAGAUGGGCUACAAACUGUAUGCCUCCAUGGGAACUGGAGACUUUUAUGCCGAGCAUGGAGUGGACGUGGAAUCUGUGCAGUGGACGUUCGAUAAGACGACUCCAGAUGACAUUAACGGGGAGCUGCGCCACCUGGCCGAGUUCCUGGCCAAUAAGCAGUUCGACUUGGUCAUCAACCUGCCCAUGAGCGGAGGCGGCGCCAGACGUGUCUCCUCGUUCAUGACGCACGGCUAUCGCACUCGUCGCCUGGCGGUGGACUAUUCGAUUCCCUUGGUGACGGAUGUCAAGUGCACCAAGUUGCUGGUGGAAUCGAUGAGGAUGACGGGCGGCAAGCCCGCCAUGAAAACGCACACGGACUGCAUGACAUCGCGACGGAUCGUCAAGCUGCCCGGCUUCAUCGAUGUCCACGUCCAUCUGAGGGAGCCGGGUGCCACGCACAAGGAGGACUUCGCCAGCGGAACGGCCGCAGCUCUGGCCGGUGGUGUGACCCUGGUCUGUGCCAUGCCCAAUACCAAUCCCUCGAUCGUGGAUCGCGAGACCUUCACCCAGUUCCAGGAGCUGGCGAAGAAUGGAGCCCGCUGCGACUAUGCGCUGUAUGUGGGCGCCACGGACACCAAUUGGGGUCAGGUCCAGGAGCUGGCCAGUCAGGCGUGUGGCCUGAAAAUGUAUCUGAACGAUACCUUCGGUACGCUGAAGCUAACGGACAUGAACUCCUGGCAGAGGCAUCUCACCCACUGGCCGAAACGGGCGCCGAUCGUCUGCCACGCCGAAAAACAAAGCACGGCGGCUGUGAUCCUGAUGGCCCAUCUGCUCGAUCGGCCCGUUCACAUCUGUCAUGUGGCCAGGAAAGAGGAGAUCCAACUGAUACGGGGGGCCAAGGAGAAGGGUAUGCGAGUGACGUGCGAGGUGUGUCCGCAUCACUUGUUCCUCAGCACCAAGGACGUGGAUCGUUUGGGCUUCGGCAUGGCGGAGGUGAGGCCGCUGCUCUGCUCCCCCGAGGAUCAGGAGGCGUUGUGGGAGAACCUCGAGUAUAUCGAUGUAUUUGCCACCGAUCAUGCGCCACACACGUUGGCCGAGAAGCGGUCGGAGAAGCCACCACCUGGUUUCCCCGGACUCGAGACCAUACUGCCCCUGCUGCUGCAGGCUGUCCAUGAAGGUCGUCUGACCCUCGAGGAUAUCAAGCGAAAGUUCCAUCGCAAUCCGAAGACUAUCUUCAAUCUGCCGGAGCAACCGCACACCUAUGUGGAAGUGGAUUUGGACGAGGAGUGGACCAUUGCCGGUGGUGAGCAAAAGACCAAGGCCGGCUGGACACCAUUCGAGGGCCAAAAGAUCAAGGGUCGUGUCCACCGCGUCGUGCUGCGCGGCGAGGUGGCCUUCAUCGAUGGCCAGGUGCUGGUGAAACCCGGUUUUGGCCAAAACGUCCGAGCCAAGCAGUCCGGCCAGCUGCAAGCGGAUCAGUCCUCCCAAGAUCUUCUGCCCAGUGACAGCGAUGCCAACGAUACCUUUGCCCGUCUCCUAACCACCGCCGACGGUGUUGCCGCCUCCGGCACGAAGGUCCAUUUCGUGGACGAGACUAAGGAGUUCCUGCGCCCCGUAUCGCCAUCGCCACGUCUGCGUUUGGACUCCUCUAGUAAUGCUACUUUGCGGGAAUACUUGCAGCGCACCUCCAUGCCCGGUUCCAGUCCAAAUCCUGUGGCCCAUUCACUGGUGGGCAAGCACAUCCUGGCCGUGGAUAUGUUCAACAAGGAGCACUUGAACGACAUCUUCAAUCUGGCGCAGCUUCUGAAGUCGCGGGUGACCAAAGAUCGGCCGGUGGACGAGCUGUUGCGCGGCAAGAUCAUGGCCAGUGUCUUUUACGAAGUGAGCACCCGGACGCAGUGCAGCUUCGCGGCUGCCAUGUUGCGUCUGGGCGGUCGGGUGAUUAGCAUGGAUCAGGUCAGCUCAUCGGUGAAAAAGGGCGAAUCCCUGGAGGACAGCAUCAAAGUGAUGGCCAACUAUGCCGAUGUCAUGGUUCUGCGUCAUCCCACUCCGGGAGCUGUUGCGCGCGCUGCUACCUUCUGCCGGAAACCACUGAUCAAUGCUGGCGAUGGCGUUGGAGAACAUCCCACCCAGGCUCUGUUGGACAUCUUCACCAUUCGCGAGGAGAUCGGUACGGUCAAUGGCCUGACCAUCACCAUGGUCGGUGAUCUGAAAAACGGACGCACCGUCCACUCCCUGGCCCGCCUCCUCACCCUCUACAAUGUAACGCUUCAGUACGUGGCGCCGGAGAAUCUACAGAUGCCUGACGAGAUUACCCAGUUCGUCAAUUCGCGUGGAAUCAAGCAAAACUUUGCCUACAGCCUCAACGAUGUCCUGCCCACCACGGAUGUGCUCUACAUGACCCGAAUCCAAAGGGAGCGAUUCACCAGCCAGGCGGAAUACGAAAAGUGCUGUGGACAACUGAUAAUUACGCCUAAACUGAUGACCCUGGCCAAGAAACGGUCCAUUGUCCUGCAUCCGCUUCCACGUCUGGACGAAAUUAGCCGUGACUUUGACUCCGAUCCGAGGGCGGCAUAUUUCCGACAGGCGGAAUACGGCAUGUACAUCCGGAUGGCUUUGCUGGCCAUGGUCGUUGGAUGUCGCAAUACGGCUAUUUAGUGGAUUUCGGAGCUUCUGGGCAUCAAUUUCUGCCUUCUCUUGACACAUUUUACUGAUUUUCUCUUUUUUUUAUACCUUUUUUAUACAAUCCCUAUUUUUUUAUUCACUAUUUGAAUGCAUAAAUGAAUAAAUUGUUCAAAUAGUUAUAUAGUUAAA